AGCAUUGAGUGCUUUGCAAGAAGAAUGAAGAAAUUACGAUCUCACCACCCAAUGUGUGAAAAUAGAUCCUUUGCUACAGCCCAGGUGGACUUGUCUCAUGAGACGGCGUUAUGCAGCCGCAGCGGAACCAUUGCAGAACACAACGCCUCAUCAACACCACUAACAUCAAUUGAAGACAAAGACCACCACUCCUCAUCAACACCCCUAACAUCAAUUGAAGACAAAGACCACCACUCCUCAUCAACACCCCUAACAUCAAUUGAAGACAAAGACUACCACUCCUCAUCAACACCACCAACAUCAAGUGAAGACCAAGACUACCACUCCUCAUCAACACCACUAACAUCAAUUGAAGACAAAGACUACCACUCCUCAUCAACACCACCAACAUCAAGUGAAGACAAAGACUACCACUCCUCAUCAACACCACUAACAUCAAUUGAAGACAAAGACUACCACUCCUCAUCAACACCACCAACAUCAAGUGAAGAUGAAGACUACCACUCCCCAUCAACAUCACCAACAUCAAGUGAAGACCAAGACUACCACCCCUCAUCAACGCCACCAACAUCAAGUGAAGAUGAAGACUACCACCCCUCAUCAACGCCACCAACAUCAAGUGAAGAUGAAGACUACCACCCCUCAAUACCAUCGUCCACUGAAAGAGAGAGUGUCUCAGAGAAAGACCAUAUUCACUCUUCAUUGAGGGAACAUGAGAUCCUGGAAGCUGAGACAAUAGCAAAUUCAGAAUUAAAAGGAAAAAGGAAGCUGCAAGGUGAUAAAAAGAGGCCACAAGUUACUAUUCAAACAAGCCAAAAGAAAACUGAUGGUACAAGGGCCUGGGAUAAAGCCCAUUACUGUUUGUAUUGUACAAAGUCCAAUUUGAAGAUGGCCAGACAUUUACAAAGAAAACACAGUAAUGAAACUGAUGUUGCCCGUGCCUUUAGCUUCCGACCUGGCUCCAAACAAAGGAAGACACUCUUGGAAUCCCUUCGCAAUAAGGGAGACUGGCAACAUAAUAUUAAGGUCUUAGAAGAAGGAAAUGGGGAGAUAGUAACAUGGAGACAGCCCACUGAGAAGGCUUCUGUACAGGACUACCUACCAUGCGAACACUGUUAUGCAAUGUUCAAGAGGACUGAACUCUGGAGACAUGGGAGGUCAUGUGGAGAAAGGAAUCGGGAAACGGAGAAAGGCAAAAGAAGAAGAGUACAAAAAGCUUCCUCGCAACUUCUUCCAAUCAUGGAAUCAGCUGGAGGAGUUACAAAGGUUAUUCAUACUAUGUUGCAAGAUAAUGUAACCUCUCACAUCAGAAGUGAUGAGAUGAUAUGUAAGUAUGGAGAUGCAUUAUUUGCAAGAAAGGGCCGUGAACAAUCUCAACAUGGAUACAUCGCACAAAAGUUGAGAGAACUGGGAAGGUUUGUGUUGGCUGCAAAGAAGAUUGACAAGAGUGUGAAAAGUCUUAAAGAUAUAUGUGAUCCAACAAAGUUUGACCUGGCAGUAAAAGCAGCCAGGAGGGUGUCAAACUACAACACAGAAACCAACGAAUAUGGAAAGCCAUCUACUGCUGUCAAAAUUGGAUUUUCUCUCAAAGGGGCAACAGAAACCUGGAUUGGACAUUGUUUGAUGACGUCGGAUGUUUUAACUGAGAAGAGGGCCAAGAAGUUUAAGCAGCUGCUAGAUAGCUCUUGGUCCACUUUCGUGUCAACCAAUGCUCACAGCACAAUGGAACAACGGAGGUGGAACAAAGAAGACAGUGUACCUUUGACAAAGGCCGUUGUUACUCUGCAGAACUACCUGAGGAAAAUUGAGGAUGAGGCAAAGGUGGAGUUGAAAAAGUGUGCGAGCAACACCACAGCAUACAAAAAGUUAACUGAGAGCCUUCUCGCACAAAUAAUAGUAUUUAACAAGAAGCGUGAAGGAGAAGCAUCACGCUUAACCUUGGAGACAUAUCUAAAAGCCGACACCGGCCCUGUGAAUGAGGACAUAUAUGAAACCCUAUCAGCAGUGGAAAAACAACUGAGCCACAGGCUGACUCGGAUAGUGACACGUGGAAAGAGAGGUAGAAAAGUGCCCAUUCUCCUUCUUGAUCGCACAAAAACAUCUCUCGACUUUAUGAUUGAAAAACGGAAGGAAGUUGGCGUAAUUGAUGACAACCCAUUUCUGUUUGCCAGGAUCGGAACAGAAACCAAUAUUCGUGGAUGUGACUGCCUUCGGAAAUAUGCCAAAGAGAGCAAGGCAAGCCACCCAGAACUCCUUAGGUCAACCAAACUAAGAAAGCAUGUUGCUACCUUAUGCCAGCUCCUGGACCUUGAUAAUCAAGAGCUGGAACAAGUAGCUCGUUUUAUGGGACAUGACAUAAGAGUCCAUUGCGAUUAUUACCGCCAAACUGACAAAACAUUUCAGGUAGCCAAGAUUGGGAAACUACUGUUAGCAAUGGAGCAUGGAGCAGGGGCGCUUAAAGGGAAGAAUCUGAAGACACUGGACUCAGUUGUCUUUGGUAAAGGACAUGAAGCCACCUCAACCAAAGGCUUGAGAGGAGUCAAAGAGAGAGGGACAUCAAAUGUAGACAGACGACUGGAAGCUAAUGAUGAUGGAGAACAGCCACACCUGUCAACCACAAGCCCACCUGUCAAGAGGCCAACGAAGACUGCAACUAAAAGACAUGAUGACGAUGGGAGUUAUGAUGAUGGGGGUAGGUCCAGGCAUUGUAUACAUCAGUAAUGUUCUUAGUCUGAGGU